AUGCGCCGCGUUCCCUCUGCCGCCCCGGACACGCCCCCUCCGCUCCCAUUGAGGGGGCGUGUCCGGGGCGGGGCACGUGUCCGCUUCCCCACGUGCCGGCGCUGCAGAGGGGACGCGGCGCAUGGAGGAGGCGGCGGCGGGAGAGACCCCGACCCCCACCCUGACCCCCCCCCUCCGACCCCCCCCACCCCGACCCCCGUCCCGGGCAGGGCUCGUCCGGCACAGCCCCCGCCCCCGGCACAGCCCAAGAGCCGGGAGUUCUUUAGGAGCCAGCGGAAAGAGUCGGAGGGCUCCUUGGAUUGUCCCAACCUGGAGUUCGAGUACGGAGACACCGACAACCACGGCUCCGAGUUAGCAGAGCUGUACAGCUACACCGAGGAGCCCGAGCUCAGCACCAACAGGAGAUGCUUCGAGGAGGAUUUUCACACUCAAGUGCAGGGCAGGAGGUGGCUGGAGCUGGCUGGGGCUCAGCAGAAAGCCUACAUCAUGCACCUGCUGGAUGGGCUGGAGGUGGUCAACAGGGACAGGAGGCUCAAAGUAGCACGGGCCAUCCUCUACCUGGCACAGGGUGUCUUUGGGGACUGUGAUAAUGAAGGUGAUGUCCUGUACUGGUCUCGACACAACAGCUUCCUCCUCUAUCAGCUGGGAACCUUCACAGCCUUCCUGGAGCUCCUCAACAUGGAGAUUGACAACAGCCAGGCCUGCAGCAGUGCCCUGAGGAAGCCAGCCAUCUCCCUGGCUGACAGCACAGAGCUCAGGGUGCUGCUCAGUGUCAUGUACCUGCUGGUGGAGAACAUCCGUGUGGAGAGGGAAGCGGAUCCCUCCGAGUGGAAAACGAGUCGGGAGACCUUCAGGAUGGAGCUGAGUUUCCCUGUGCACACUGAAGAACCCUUUGCUCUUCUUCUCUUUACCAUGGUGACCAAGUUCUGCAGUGGCCAUGCUCCACACUUCCCCAUGAAGAAGGUUCUGCUCCUGCUCUGGAAGGUGCUUCUGUUCACGCUGGGUGGAUUUGAAGCCCUGCAGAUGAUGAAGGUGAGGAAGAGGGAGGAGCUGGGGCUGCCCCCCCUGCCAGAGGACAGCAUCCAGGUGAUGAGCAGCAUGAGAGCUGCUUCGCCUCCCGCCUGCUCCCUGGAGCUCCUGGAGCAGCAGCAGCAGCAGCAGCAGAAGCAGCGCGGGCACCGAAGCCGCAGGCAUUUGGUUUCAGAGCCUGAGGAGCAGAGGAUCAGCUCUUGCCAUGAUGGCAAACUCUCAGGUGGCAAUGGCAUCCUCACUGGGUAA